GCCUUUGAUUGGCUGUCACAGUUUUCAAAUCAGACGAAGCCACACAAGUAACAUGAGGAAUGUGUAUACAUGUGGGUUUCUUUUUGUUUUUUUUAAAACCGGUAUGCUGCAAAUCUGAAUGAGUGUUUCUGAACGAUAUCGUUUUUAACAUCUGGGGUUCUUCUGUCUGGAUUUAUGCAUUGAGAAGAAUCAAAUAAGUCAGUAUUGUAUUUAAACCUGAAUUUGUUAUCCAAAUACGUGUGUCUCCAUUUUUAGUAUACUAAGUGUUAUUGUCACCGGUACACGAAUCACUCCUUGUAAAAAAUGCAAUUUGUAAAUAUAGUAACGUUAUUGGCACUUGGUGUAAUUUUGCACAGUCCCUGUUUAUUCGCUGGCGACUCAAAAACAUCCUGUGCAACGUGCCGGACAAUAGUUGACAACUUUGAUAAGGGUUUAGAUAAAACAGCUAAAAAGAAUUUUGGGGGAGGAAACACUGCCUGGGAGGAAAGAGCAUUAUCAAAAUAUGAAACUAGUGAGAUUCGUCUAGUGGAGAUCCUUGAAAACCUCUGUGACAGCAGCAGCUUUGAAUGUAACCACAUGGUAGAAGAACAUGAAGAGCAAUUUGAAAACUGGUGGUUCAAAAAGAAGGAUAAAUACCCAGACCUUUUUAAAUGGUUCUGCAUAGACAAUAUUGAAGUGUGUUGUCCUCCAGGAACCUUUGGUCCUGACUGCAACGCUUGUGUUGGAGGGUCUGAGAGGCCAUGUCAUGACAAUGGUGACUGUGAUGGUGACGGCACUAGAAGAGGGGAUGGGAAAUGUCGGUGUAAUAAAGGAUACAAAGGAGAUUUCUGUUUAGAAUGUGAUGAUGGAUAUUUUAAUAAAGAAAGAAAUGACACGUUCUCUCUGUGCACAGAAUGUCAUGAGUCUUGCCAAACCUGCUCUGGCCCAACUAACAAGGAUUGCAAUGAAUGCAAAAGUGGCUGGGUACAGGAUGAUGAAAAAGCAUGCAAUGACAUAGAUGAAUGUGCAAAUGAGACAUCUCCUUGUAAAGAAAACCAGUAUUGCCACAAUAAAGAAGGCUCCUACUCCUGCAAAGCCUGUGAUGCUGCGUGUACAAGUUGUUCUGGGGAGGGUCCUGAAAAAUGCACAGGCUGUUCAUCUGGAUACACUGAGGAAGAUGGAAAGUGUACAGAUGUAAAUGAAUGCAGCCUCCCUGACAAAUCAUGCUUGCGUGAAAAUGAGGACUGUGUUAACACCAAAGGUAGCUUCAAAUGUGUUUGCUCUCAAGGCUUUGAAGACAAAGAUGGAGCCUGCAUAACAACUGAUGAAACAGAGGAAAACAUGGAAGAUGAGGAUUCUUCAGAAACUGUAUCACCUGACAAUGUGCAUGAGGACCUAUAACGUUUUUUUUAAUCUUUGCUGCUCUGUAACCACUUCAUUUAAAUUAUUUGAAUUGUGUCAUCAACUUGACUGCACUAUCUGGACAAAUGUUUAUAACUGAAAUAUCUGGGGAAACAAACAGCUUACAUUGAGAUUAAUAGAAUUAAAUGUGGCCAACCAUAUGGAUUUUUAAUUGAUUACAUUGUUUUUGUGUGUUCCAAAUGCACUUAUUUUUGUAAAAGGGAUGUCCUUUUUGGAGAAAAAUAAAUUAAAUCUUAAAUGUAUUUUUUUUCACAGUAGAAAUAUAUGCGAUUAUUGCUUAUGGUUGAAGUAAUUAAUAAAAGGGUUAAAUAAUACUGUUUCACAUGUCCUGUCCAUAUUUUAAAUUCCAAAAGGGGAGUUAAUGUGUUAGUCUAGGCAGCAUUCUCAAGAAAUGUGAUGCAAGAGAUAAAUCAUGUAACAAGCUGGCAACAGGUGUUUCUAGGGUAAUUUGACCCUGCUGAUUAUGAAAAUCUCUGUUGCCAAGCUGGACUUUUGGCCUGAAGUACAGAAUUCAAGAUGGUCCCCAAAUAAACUUUGAUUUCUCUGGUUCUAGAUCAGCUAGAGUUGAAAUUGCAAAACUUUUUAUGCAGUUAUUGUGGUCAAGACAUUCAAUGGAAUAUGUUUUGUAAGUGUAGGAAUGUCCAAAACUAAAAUUUACUAAAUGGUAACCAUGACAAUUGUGCUUUUCUGCACUGGCUUGUCUUGCAAGAACAUGAAAUCACAUCAAUGCAGGCAUCAGGAACAGCAUUCAAAAUUGUCAGAAUAAGGGCCAGUUUUCCUGCAGCAUCAAGUUUCCACCCCGAGUCAGCUGGUGCAGGAAGUUCCAUUUCAGCAUGGUGAGGAUUCUCCCAUAUGGCUGCUUGGUAGUGUGACCUCAUUUAUGUGCUGUUGCAGUGCAUCACUUGUUGGGGGCAGAGAUUCUGUGUGUUUUUUUUUUUUUUUUUGUCUUGGCAAACAGUGUGACAGACAGAGUCCACAUUUGUAACCUGUGAUCCGACCCUGUAAAGCUUCACAACAGACUUUUCAGCACUAUGCACUGCAUUUUCAGUCAGAGGAAACUUCCCUAAUUCGGAAAGCAGCUCAGCAUGGCUUGAGAAUACGUUCCACCCUGCACGCUUGCUGUUUGCAAGGUAAGAUGUCGCAUCACAUCCUGUGAGUGCAUGAAAUGCAAGCAAAUUGGACUUCAGCAUUGGUGGCAACUGAUCACAUGUGUGAACUGGGACAAACUUCCUCCUCUUUGAUGUUCCAGCCAUCAUCCACAGUUUUGUGCACUGCAUGUUCUCAAAGUGAUGAAUCAGAAGCAGGAAUACAUCAGUGUCCCGAGCCUAAACCACUACUGUAUCGAAGCUGCUGUUGACUGCAUGCAGUACCAUUAGAGUGUCCGCCUUUUCAUGUGAUGCUUGCAAUGGUUUCACAUCUGUUGAUGGAUUGGUUGAUACCACUUCUCUCUCGUCUUUGAAACCUCUAGCAGCACCAACUUCAAGGUUGGGAUAAUUGUAUGAAAUAAGCAGAGAGUGCAGAGAGGGAGUGAGCAAGAUCUGCCUUGUUCUCUGGCAAUGCCAAAGAGUUUGUCCAGUUCUUUGGCAGUGGCACGUCUCUGUUCUCAAUGACACGCCUUAUUGAUCGGGAUGUCUUUGAGCGCUUCUUGUGUGUUCUGGCUUUGAUUGAUUUUUUCCCAAUUAACUGUCAAACACAACAUCAACUCUGUUUUAUGUUGAGCCAGCUUGUUUUACUGGUUCCACAAAAAAUGUCAGCGAGGUUGCCAAAUGUAGUUGCAUUUGCAGGUUGUAGGUUAUGCAAAAUUGAUUUUUUAGACAUUGCUACGGUUUCAAAACAUGCACCAUUGUUUUGUUUGACCUCAAUAACCCUGUAAAAAGUUUUGAAAUUUCUUGUUUAGAAAAAUAAAUGUUACAAUUUAUUA